GUGAUGGCGGCCGCGCGUUGCAAAAAUGUGACAAAAAAUAUUAUGAAUGUGCUGCAGCUCAAUGAUCUUUAUUGUAUGCAAAUCAUAAUCAGUGUAGUUGUAGUGAAACAGUGUAGUUGAAGUUGUAGUGAAAGUCAAAAUUUGUCAAGUGAAGUGUUUGGCGCAUUUUGAUUUUUAUUUGGGCCCACUUAGUUAGCGUACCUGGAAUACUUAUCAUGUCCAACAAAAAAAGACGGCGACACGCAGACGUCGGUGUCGGGGGGUCGCUACAUUGGGAAAACCUGUCAUGUGCGAAGAUGACUCGUAGUUCAGUUCUGUGCAAACGAGAUGUAAAAAGAAGCACUACACGACAAACAUCGCGCGGCAAAGGAGUCGAAGAAAUUAGUUGUCCUCACGAUGAAAACGUCUUAAUAAAGUUGGGAAGUGGCAGCUUUACAAGCUGCUCUAUGGUUUUGGCUGUAGGAUUACAUUUUUUUUGUUCCACAGGGGUCGAAGUCGAACAAUUUGAACAUACUUGCUACACGCAUUUUUACAAGCUGACGCAAAUUUUGUGUAUGUUCGAACUUGCGAAAAAUACAUGAGAACUAACUAUGAGCGUGCAACCUUUUGGAGAAGAAAUAUUCCCAGUUCGGCGCUAUGCUACAGUGCUUAUUUUCAAACUUCCCUUUGCGAUUUUAGUUUUCAAUCGAAGAAAUAGAGCGGUACAACCAGAUGGAACAAAACAUGCUGCAAUCCGAUUAGUUUUACUGUUGUUUCUUAGACUCUUGAGGUUGAAGCUGUACAUGUAUGAUAAACUAGAACUACCGAUAUCAGGCAGCAAAGCUUUUCAGCGCGAUGCCUAAAAUGCAACCUCAAGGCGUUACAACUAAGAGAAGACAUAGGGACUAAGGUUUGUUUUUAUUAUUUUUACAAUAGGC